AAGAAUAUAGUCGUUCUGAAAACCACGAGUAUAAAUAGCUCUAAGUAUGAACUAUUGACACUAUAGAUUCUAAUCAAAUUUUGUUAAUGUCAAAUGCCGCUCGACUGAAUGAAAGAUAUCAAUUACCGUUUUACGUAUAAGUUGUGCAAUCCUUUGUGUCUUGUCAUGAAGGAAACGUCGACGAAACUAAGUAGUUAGCAGGACGUCACCAUUUCCCUAUCAAUUAAUUAAGUAACAAAUGAGACCAAGAAUGUACCUCAGCAAAGCGUCAGACAGUUGUAACAGAGAUCUUCUUGAGUUUUAAGGCGGAGACCUGAACUUCGUAACCUGAACUAUAAUUAGAAGAGCUACGGCACGUAAGGAUCCAAAAAAGCAAGGGUCCAAAUGUUUUCCCAUUGACUCUCAGGGGAGGUCAGCAUAUAACCCUCCCACCAAUUUCUAUACACUGAAUGCAUUUUUUUCAUUUUCAAUCCCGUGCGUAAUUGUGUGUUUUAAAGAACUCAAGCAUUCGUGUUCCAUUAGCGGAGUAUCCAGAUGCUUUUAUGGAUGUGGUAGCAGUCUGCCGCCGCGUUUGUCAACGCUAUAUAAGGCCACCUUAACACGUACAAGACUUCCGACUGAAAUUGGCGUGGCGACGCAAUCAAUCAUUCUGUCAAUGCCUACCCGAAGUUCAGCUGUCGGCAGUCAGAAAGCUGGCAGGUAGAUUCAUAAUCAAACGAGCCAAUGUAUCUCUAUUUUUCCCAGCUAUCAUUCUCCGAUGAGCCAAACAAGGGAGUCUGUUGGUUCAAAUGGCAUUUCAAACUUAUGAAGACUCCUUUGUUCACAAGCUCCAUGAAAUGAAAAUGAACUUGACUCUAUACCUUUAUCAUCACUCGACUCACUAAGUCAAGGGGGAACGAAGUAAAAUAGCGGAAUUCCCUUUUAACAUAGGAGAGGGCAUAAUCUCAUUAAAUUUGAAUCAGUGACCUUGGUUUCUCUCAUUUAUUGUAGUCAAGUUAAGCAUCACAGAAACCAGCUCAAUUUUAUGUUGCAUUGUGGUUAAUUUAUUUAGAUUGUGUCACUGAAAUUGCUUAAAAAAUGUUAUGGAAAUAGCCACUCCUCCAACGUUAUUGAACUAAAAAAGUCAGCACCUGGGAUAAUCGAGUUAUUCACAGCCUUCGAAUUUCAGGAUUUUUUCCAUCACAGAAUUGCUUCAUUUCGACUAUUGAUGAGACGAAAUGAAAAGUGUAGGUAAAGACAAAUGCCAGGUCGAUCAAAAAUUAAAAGUAACCAAAGCUACUGACUGCAAAUAGAGUCUAAUUCGUGGUCUUAGUAUGAUGUUCAUUUAGAGGUCAGUCAGUGUUGACCUUUAAAGGGACAGAAAUCCUUACAAAAACUACAGGUAGCGGUAGCUGCACUAUUAAAGAACAUUAAUGAGGACACUGAGAUAUUUAAGAGAAUGUUUAAGCAUGUUUUGAAAUGCUUUUGUACUUUGCAUGCACGGCGCAGCGGGGCCGAUUAUGACCAAGUUUUAUUGUUUGUCAGUUUAGCGUAAAGUUAUUCUUAUCAGCAGGUCUGGCAUCGUGAAACGGAAAUGCAUCAAAGUAAAGUUACCUUUCUGUCAAGCCCCUUUAAUUAUGGGACUCAGAGUUGAAACUGAUAUGUGUUGAGUCCAAUAAAUAUCCUUUCCGCUAACGCACUUUUCUAACGUAAACGUCGUUUUUUUUUUCUUUAUUUUUUCUUUUUCUUUUUUUUUGAGGCGUUCAGUGGAAUCAAACUGCAAAGCGGGUCAAUGUAAUAUUGAUGUUAUCAUUGACACUAUACAUAAUGAGCGGUUGUUGUUUGAAGCCGGCUGCUACACGUAUCAAAUAAUCAAUUGUUAUUCAUUGUAAUACUGCUGCAUCACGCGCCCUGUUUCAAAGUCAACAUGGCGUCAGAGAGUCCGUCAACAUCUCCAGCAGCUGUUGCUGGAAGUUCUUUUUUCAUCGAAAACCUGUUGAAUCAUUCAGUUAGAACAGAGAAAGAAAGGCACCCCGACAGUUCAGCAUGCAAACUUUUGAAUUAUUCCUUUUCCAGUCCAUCAUUGGCAAUUGUUCCUGGGUCUGUCCCUCAGCGUUCAUACAAUGGGCUAAACUUCCCUCUGUGUACCAUUCUCUCGAAAUUCAACUUUGGUGAAAUUUUUUACCCUCACUCAGUGAAAAUUUUCGGCCAUUCUCCAGUUUCAAACAGCAGACAUCCACUAGACGAAGUGCCUUUCCAAAGUAAACGAAGAAGGCCAAUGAAGAAAAGGAAGCAGCGUCAAUUAUUUUCCGCCAACCAGAUUGAGACCAUGGAGAAGGAGUAUACAAAAUGCCAGUAUGUGACUGAAAGCAAGCGGGCAGAGUUAGCUUCAGUAUUAAAUCUGACGGAGAAGCAAGUGAAAACCUGGUUUCAGAAUCGAAGAACAAAGUCGAGGAGGGAAGCUCAAGACAAACAAAGAGUGUUAGUCCUCGGAAAUCAGAAGGCGUCCUUUAGCAUUCUGUGACCGACAUUUGCUCCAAAGUGACCGGAAUUUUCCAAAGCGGGAACACGGAGUGUAUUCAGUAUUCUAUUGUGCCCCAAGUAGUCUGUCAUAUUUGCCUCUUCAAGGCCGUUUAGCUGGAUUAUAACGCAGUUAUUAACUUAACACUUAAGUAUGUAUGAAGGACAAAUGGAAGUGUAAAGUAUCAGUUCAUAGAACUCUCUUUCCAACUGCGUUCAUAACACGGCUUGGCUGUUGUAAUUAGGAACCUAAAAAAUUGAUUCUCAUCAUUUUCAGUUGUCAACAUGCAUUGUAUAACCUUUCAAUGAUAAACUCCAUUCCUAAGUGUUUGACAGGUAUAUUGGCCCUAUUGUAAUUUAAAAAAGUUCUGCGGUUUUGGUGGGCGUCUUGGUGAGCGCCGUUAUGUAUAAGAACAUGUUACAAUCACGGUCUUUCAACGGACAAAAUAACGACGGAAUUUACAGAUUGAAUGUAUACAGAAUAAAGGGAUCCCACUUAUUUUAGAGACACACACAAUAAAUUACAUUACUUUG